UCUCUCUCUCUCUUCAUAUUUCUCUCUAUAUAUACAUCUCUAUCCCAUAUCUCUCUCCCUUCAUCCCCAUAACGUCGUCCUUUAACCUUCUCUCUCCCUAAAUACUUCUCUUUACCUUCAUCACACAACAAUUUUAUCAUGUCUUCAAGAAGAUCUUCUCGCUCCAGAAACUCCACGGCUGCUUCUCCAUUAAUCUCCGACGAUCAAAUCGCUGAUCUUGUUUCUAAGUUGCAACGUCUCAUACCCGAGCUUCGUAAUCCCCGUGCCUCCCACAAGGCGUCGGCUUCAAGAGUGCUACAAGAAACAUGCAACUACAUAAGGAACUUACACAGAGAAGUGGAUGAUUUAAGCGAGAGAUUGUCACAACUUUUGGCAGCAACCGAAAACGACAGCGCCGAGGCUACCAUUAUUAGGAGUUUAUUUAUGUAAAAAACCAUUUAAAUAACCACAAUUUCCCUACCCCAUAAUUAAUAAUUACGACGUCCUUAAUUUCUUAUUUCUCAUUUUCCUCUAUAUAUAUUAUAUAUGAUAUUUAAAUUAUAUUGUUUAGCUAGGGCUCCUUUUGGCCAAUGUAUUAGACCACUACACAGAAGGGUGUGCUAUAUUUUAUGCAUAAUAUAACACCUCUUUUGAGCAGAGAGUUUGAAGUACCUUUGACUUUUAUAA